AUGAACGGAGGCAUACUCAAAUUCAAGGGAUGCGAUGCACCCGAGCGGGAGCGUGAUUCCCUCUACGUUAGCACAUUUCUCCUUCGCCUCGACCGCCCAGCCAAUGCAACUGGCGGAGGCAGUAUCCCCUACAGAGGAUAUCAGCGCGCCCUAGAGCUUUAUGGAAACGAGAAGUCUUUCGAUCUGACUCGUGCCCAGAGGCUUAAGCUCCUGGAAUGCACGAACCUGGAAAUGAACCGAUCAAUUGCUCGAAAGGCCGGCUACGACCCUGACGAAGGCAGAAGUGCGCCAUGGGAAGGAGUGUACUUCUCCAGCGGAUAUAUCCUGACAUAUCCCGGUCCCAUCAAGACUACGUUUGAGCAACCAGUUCAGCUUGCACCUUUCGAGCAUCCCGUGGUGGAAGAUGAUCUCACACCAAUCCAUACUUUUGAAGAGACUAUGGCCCUCGCACGCACUGCUGAGCAUCAACUUACCAUGUACGACCCGAAUCUGCAUGAUCUCAUGACCGGCUCACCCAUCAGUCUGCACUCUACCUUGCUUGCUGGGCCUCCUCUUCUACUCAGCUCGGACAACAUGAGCCAUGGGGCCCUUGAGCACCAUGAGAAUCACAAGGACAACAAGCCGACAACUCUCCGAGGUAUGAGUGGAAGCCGUGUGGCAACAACAGACAGCUUCGCAAGCACUUGCGUAGGCGGCAUGGAAAUGGCUGUUGUUGUCACCGAAUUGCUCGAACGGGUUGUCAAGGGAGAUCUCGACGAUGAAUGGAAGGAGACCAUUAUGGAGACACUCGAAUACAUCGGAGGCUCAGAAAAUAUGUACGCUUUCCUUGAUGUCGUGUACAAGCAGUUCCCCAAGAAGUUAGUAACUUCUCCGGCCUCAACUAUCGGCUGCCGCCUACGUGGCUCAAAGUGA